AUGUCCUUCUGCUACGUCAACAUGGAAAGAGCAAAUUCGCUCUCAAAAGCAAGUGUGGCUCUUUCGCUCAUGCUGUUUUUGUUUUUAACUAGCAGUUCUUUCGCAUUGGCUACUCCGAACCGUGAUCAUUUUACUUUUGAGCUGGCUCAAGACAAUGUACAACCGAUUGCAUCGGCAAAUUUAAUCAUCAUUUUUGAGAAUGACGGUCAAACUACUUUACGAGACCCUUGGGCUCUUCCUUCUGUUGCACAGGUAGAAAGAAACAUCAAAGCUCGCGCUGCAAGUCCACGUUUGGCUGAUUAUGAGCCAAUCAGCAAACGAUCAAUUGUACAAGGUGGUGGCGGAGCACAUGUGCCUUCUUCUUCUGGAUCUACUUCUCAUGCUACAUUUAAUCAUCCAUCAACCAAUUCUGCAUCUGCAGGUGGUAUGCAUGAUAAGUGGCCCAAUGGAGAGGAUGGUGCACCGAAGAAUCUCGGAGCACUUCAUCAAAGACAGAGAAGUUUAUAUGACCGUCCACCUAUCGUCCCUACCGAGCCAAUUCCACUAAUUCCGGUAGCACAUGUGCCUUCGUCUUCGCCAUCCCCUUCACCUGCGCCUGCGCCCUCGCCUCAAGCUGGAAAUGAAGAUAAAUUACAUACAGGUAGUAAAAGGGUAGUGCCUAAGAGACCAGUUCCAAAGAAGAAAUCGGCUGCAUCAAGUUCUGAUACGGGCAGAGCGGCAGCUGUCGCUGGUUUGGCUGCAGGAGCAACAGCUUUGGCAUUACAUCAAGGUGGAACUGGGCAAAAUAAAGAUCGCAAAAACAACAAAGGUGGUUAUAGAGGACGUAAAAUUGAUAAAAGCCGUUUACGCCAAAGCAAUAAUGUUAAACGUUCCCUUCAAUCUUAUGAUGCUGUGGCACCUACUGCCUCAACGGGUGCAACAUAUGUACCUCCAAUGAAUCAUCGUUCAAGUACGACAUCCUCUAUUGACUUGUUUGGAUAUUGGCCAAACGGCGAAAGAGGUGCACCUAUCACAUUUCCUGACCGUGAAAAAGCAAAAGGUCAAGACAUGGGUCCAACGAACAGCCAUGGGAGUGGUCUGCAACCAAGACAUGUUGCUAUUGGUGUUUUAACGUGCGCAACUGGUAUACAGUGCUAUAGGGUCGCAAAAAUUGCACGACAAACAGGGUCUAGACUUCGUAUUAGCGGUUUAGAGCAAGCACAACAGAGAACUGGUCCAAGACGAGGUCGUCGAAUCAAUGCAACAACAGGUGCAAAUGAAUUGGUAAAACGUGAGAACUACAUGACCCUGAUUGAAUGA